GAGGAGGCAAAAGGCGGUGAGAGGCCGGCGAUCGGGUUGAGGGCGGUAGAGAUGCAUUAGGGGUCUCGAUCGGCUAGAGGAAGUGGAGGGCGGUUAGAGGAGAAGAGCUUCCCUUACUCCAGCGGAAAGGAUGAGAGAAAAUGACUGCUGGUUCAGUGUGUGUCCCUCAGAUCAUACCACUACGAGUACCUCAGCCUGGAAAAGCUAACCAUGAAAUUGAUAACAAUACACUUUUGGAAAUGAAAUCAGACACCCCAGAUGUCGACAUAUAUUAUACUCUGGAUGGCAGCAAACCUGAAUUUCUAAAGAGAGUUGGUUAUGGUGAAAAUAACACAUUUAAGUAUAUAAAACCUAUUACUCUGCCUGAUGGAAAAAUACAAGUUAAAGCUAUUGCUGUGUCAAAAGACUGCCGACAGAGUGGCAUUGUGACAAAGGUGUUUCAGGUAGACUAUGAACCACCAAAUAUAGUCUCUCCUGAAGACAAUGUUGAAAAUGUUCUCAAAGAUUCUUCAAAACAGGAAUUCAAAAAUGGAUUUGUUGGAUCAAAACUAAAGAAGAAAUAUAAGAACUCUGAAAAUCAACGCAGCUGGAAUGUUAACAUUAGAAAGUUUCCAGGGUUGGACAUUGAGGCUGCUUCUCUACGUCAAAGUGGCUUAGAUCCCUCAGACCUCCAGGUAGGUGAAAGAACUGACCCUAAAACUUUGAAAGAUCUUCGCUUCUCAGAGAGUCCACUGGAAAUCCCAGCUUACGGUGAAGGAUCAGGUUCUAGACCACGCACCCACCAGUCCCAGUCCCCCAGUUUUGCACACAUAAGUGGCCAGAAGUGUUUGACAAGCACGGAGAUAAUGAGAAUUCAAAGGGAGACAGACUUUCUCAAGUGUGCCCACUGCCUUGCCCCCCGCCCAUCAGAUCCCUUCGCUCGCUUCUGUCAAGAAUGUGGCUCACCUGUCCCACCCAUAUUUGGCUGUCGUCUCCCACCCCCGGAAGGAGCUCAGAUGGGCUUAUGUGCAGAAUGCAGAAACUUGGUACCCAUGAACACUCCCAUCUGCGUGGUGUGCGAGGCCCCUCUUGCUCUACAGCUGCAGCCACAGGCAAGCCUCCAUUUGAAGGAGAAGGUAAUUUGCCGGGCCUGUGGUACAGGAAAUCCUGCUCACCUGAGAUACUGUGUCACCUGUGAGGGGGCCCUGCCUUCAUCACAAGAGUCGCUGUGCAGUGGGGAUAAAGCCCCUCCUCCGCCCACUCAGAAAGGGGGGACCAUUUCCUGCUCCAGAUGUGGUCGCUGGAAUCUCUGGGAGGCGUCCUUCUGCGGCUGGUGUGGCGCCAUGCUUGGCAUUCCUGCCGGCUGCUCUGUUUGCCCUAAAUGUGGGGCCAGCAAUCACCUGUCUGCCCGAUUCUGUGGCUCCUGUGGUAUUUGUGUGAAGUCCUGGGUGAGGCUCAGCAUGGACAGAGGCCUGGCUCUAGCUGCUGAGGAGCCUCGCCCUUUUUCCGAGCCCCGAUGUGCCUGGCAGUCUCUGAUUCCUUUGCCCAGAUCUGAUGCUGGGACUAAGAGGGACAUAGGCACACAGACUGUGGGCCUGUUCUACCCAUCCAGCAAGCUGCUAGCAAAAAAGGAACUGGAAAUAGUCUCUCAAAAACAGAGGCAGGAGAAAAUGAGUGACCACAAACCCCUUCUCACAGCCAUCAGCCCAGGAAGAGGGUACUGGAGAAGACAGUUGGAUCAUAUCUCUGCUCACCUCAGGUGUUAUGCUCAGAACAACCCUGAAUUCCGGGCCUUGAUUGCAGAACCCAGGAUGGGAAAGCUUGUCUCUGCUACUGUCCACGAAGAUGGUUGUGAAGUUAGCAUCAGACUGAAUUAUAUUCAAGUCUCAAACAAGAACCUUUACCUGAACAAGGCGGUGAAUUUCAGCGACCACCUUCUGAACAGUGCUGCUGAGGGUGAUGGGGGGCUGUGCGGCAGCAGGUCCAGCUGGGUGAGUGACUACAGCCAGACCACCUCAGAUACUAUUGAAAAAGUCAAAAGGAUAAGGAAUUUCAAGACCAAAACGUUUCAAGAAAAGAAGGAGCAGCUUGUACCUGAAAACAGACUCCUGCUGAAGGAAGUUGGACCCACAGGGGAAGGAAGAGUCUCUGUGAUUGAACAGCUGCUGGAUGAAGGAGCAGACCCCAACUGCUGUGAUGAAGAUGAUCGACCCGUCAUAACCGUGGCUGUUAUGAAUAAGCACCAUGAAGCGAUUCCGGUUCUCGUGCAGAGAGGAGCAGACAUUGACCAGCAGUGGGGGCUGCUCAGAAAUACAGCUCUUCAUGAAGCAACUCUGCUUGGUCUUGCAGGAAAAGAGAGCAUCGCCACUUUACUGGGAUGCAAUGCAAGCAUCCGAAAGAAGAAUACAAGAGGCCAGACAGCGUACGACCUGGCUCUAAACACUGGAGAUGACCUCAUCGCCUCACUCUUUGCUGCCAAGUUUGGCCAAGGGCUCGAGGACCAACUCGCCCAAACUAGGAGCCUCAGCCGGGAUGACUGUUAGACCUGAGACCUCCACGGGGCUUCAUUUAAGAAUAGGUACAGCUCUGGCUAUUCUUCAGUCGUGUCUUUCUGAAAUGUGUAUUUGAGAUUAGAAAUUGAGGUUGAGAGGAACUCAUGAGAUUAUUAUUAUUUUUAAUCAUAUGACAGUAUAAGCCAUCAGUACUAAAUGGACAGCUCCCAGUAUACUGUGGACUGUGAUAAAAUGAAUGUAUGUUUUUAAUGGUUUAUUGCUGCUGUUUUUCUUUGUAUUUGAUUUUUAGUUUUUAACUUAUUUUUCAGUAGAUAAUAAUUGCACAUGGUUCAAAGCUAAAAGGUAUGAAGUAUUAUGUAGGGAUGUGUCCCUCCCAUCCUGUCCCACAGCCACCACUUCCCUCCUCAGUCACUAGUGACACCAGUGUUGACUUCUCUUUCCAGAGAUCAUGCAGAGUUAGAUAUGCACAUACAUGUGGUGUAAGCACACGUACAUAAGACUACACAUAGAAUCUAAACAUGUGUACAGCACAUAUAUAUUCUUUAGCCUCUGUUAAAACAAAUGGUACCAAACCAACCACACACUGUUCUUCAUCCUCUUUUUGCUUGAUACAUCUUGUAGGUGCUUCUAAUUAGUAUGUAAAGAUUGAUCUUAUUUAAAUUUUUUUUGUCUGUGGAAAUCAUCAAUAUUCCCAUCAUUAUGGUUUGUUUUUUGGUUGACACAUCAGCUCUCAAUAAACCACUUGCAGGAAUGUGUAA